AUGAGCUUUGAGGGCGGCCACAGCGGCGGCCGGCGCCGCGGGGCGGAGAGCGGGGACGCCGAGCCGCCCCCGUCGCCUCCCCCGCCGCCUCCCCCGCCGCCGCCGCCGCCGCCGGGAGAGCCGACUUCGGGCCCCGCGCCCCCUCGCUACCUGCCGGCACCGCCCGCGUCCCCCGAGCGCCGCGCGGGGUCCGACGAACCGCCCGCGGAGGUGGUCCCGCGGCACCGGGGCGCCGAGGAGCUGCCGCAGCCGCCGGCAGGGCAGGAGGUGUCGGCGACCGGCGACUCCGGCGAAGGUCCGAGGCGCCUUCCGGAGGCGACGGUCCCCGAGGCGGCGGCUGGGAAGGGCGGCCCCGGGGAGCCCGAGGCCGGCGCGGGUGGGGAGGGCGAGCGGCGGGGCGCCGGCGAACAGCCCGAGACGCGCUCCGUGUGUAGCAGCCGCAGCAGCAGCAGCGGCGGCGGCGGCGACCAGCGCGCCGGGCACCAGCAUCAGCACCACCAGCCCAUCUGCAAGAUCUGCUUCCAGGGCGCCGAGCAGGGGGAGCUGUUGAACCCCUGCCGAUGUGACGGGUCCGUUAGGUAUACACAUCAGCUGUGCUUGCUAAAAUGGAUCAGUGAGAGGGGUUCCUGGACCUGCGAACUCUGCUGUUACAGAUACCAUGUCACAGCCAUUAAAAUGAAGCAACCCUGCCAGUGGCAAAGCAUUUCUAUAACACUGGUUGAGAAAGUUCAGAUGAUCGCUGUAAUUCUAGGAUCCCUGUUCUUAAUAGCGAGUGUGACCUGGCUCCUCUGGUCAGCCUUCAGCCCCUAUGCAGUGUGGCAGAGGAAGGACAUCCUUUUUCAGAUCUGCUAUGGAAUGUAUGGUUUUAUGGAUCUAGUGUGCAUAGGUCUCAUUGUCCAUGAAGGAGCUGCAGUUUACAGAGUGUUUAAGCGCUGGCGAGCUGUCAACUUACACUGGGAUGUAUUAAAUUAUGACAAAGCCACAGACAUCGAAGAAAGUAGCCGGGGAGAGUCUUCCACGAGCAGGACUUUAUGGUUGCCGUUGACGGCUCUGCGGAACAGGAACUUGGUCCACCCAACCCAGUUGACCUCCCCAAGGUUUCAGUGUGGCUACGUGUUAUUACAUCUGUUCAAUCGAAUGAGGGCCCAUGAAGAUUUGUCAGAAGACAACAGCUCGGGGGAGGUUGUGAUGAGAGUGACUUCAGUGUGA